UCUAUCUAGGUGGUGAACUCGCUAGCUCAAAUAAAAGCGAAGAUUCGGUAUCAGUCGUAGCGUUAGUCGUUGAUCCAGUCGGUUGUAUUUUCAGCAGUGCUCUUGCGGUUAAGAGAAGAAAAAAAUAGUACAAGUUCCAAAGCCAAAGCGGUGUUAGAGUGUGUGAGAAGUUUUCAACACUACCCAGUGCAGAGAAAAGGUUUUAAAACUUAACGCUUGCUAAAAGUAAUCACAAACCACAAUGGCCGAGAAACCAAAGCGUCCUCUAUCUGCCUAUAUGCUGUGGUUGGGAUCUGCCCGCGAACAAAUCAAGAAGGAGAACCCCGGAAUCAAGGUGACCGAAAUCGCCAAGAAGGGCGGUGAACUAUGGAGAGCCAUGAAGGACAAGAGCGAAUGGGAGAACAAGGCUGCCAAAAUGAAGGACGAAUACACCAAGGCCGUCCAGGAGUUCGAGCGAAACGGCGGCAGCAAGGAUUCUGGCAGGAAAACCAAGGGUGCCAAGAAAGCCCCCAAGAAAAGCAAAAAGCCUGCCUCGGACGAUGAUGAUGAGUCCGGAGAGGAGAGUGACUAAAGUAAUCAAUUUGUACAGUUAAAAUACGUUAAAUGCAUAAAAAUUUGCAAAAAUUACAAAAAAAUAAUUUAUUGCAUUAAUGUUCGGGGCCUUCUCAUGAGCAGAAUCAGGACUAGCAACAAUCGCCAAAUCAUUAUCUUAGCUUAGACCGUAUCAGAAACAAAAAACAGACGGGGUGAGAGAACCGUUUUGCGAGUACUCCGUUUUUCAUUUGUUUUUUUUUUUUUUCUAAACCAGUAAAAUUGACAUAGAAAAAGUACAUGCAUUUGUUUAAAGGAAGGCCAUGUGAUACAAGUGCAUAACAAAGUAUUUCAAUCACAAAUAGACCAUCAAAGCAAACAUAUUUUUAAGUAAAUAAAAAAAUGUAAUUUUAGGAAGAGCAUAACUGUUGAAGAUAAGUGUGUUGACGUAAAAUACUCGAAACGUAAAUAAAUAUUAAAAACAAAAAAACA